AUGCCAGUGCAAACGAGCCAGGCGUCCUUUCCGGACUCAUUUCCGUCUUUCAUGUCGGUGUUUGGUGGUCCUCUUCCACGAUACAAAGAAGACGCAAACACUAUUCAUCCACUUCAAUACCCAACCCAUGUCCCGGUCAAUACACGCCUGCUUCCUUCCCCCCACCGCGAAAGUGUUUCAUCCAUGACCUCGGUAUCAACCGAGUCCUCUCCGACCACCACCAUCUCGCACUUUGAUUCGCCCGGCGGGGGUGACAUCUCUCCGAGCUCAUCCCCAGAAUCUCCCUCUGCAAUGUCCGUCUCAUACCCAAAAUGCAUGCCUUCAACAAGGCCCGCGGAGCUUCCUCCGCGCCUUGCGCCGGUCGGUGAACCGCGUCUGUCGCAGCCGGCCCCUCAUCACACGCGCUCAGACUCCCCAAAUCGGCGGGCGCGUAAUCUCAAGAACUUGUCAUUGCGAAUGCCGUCCCCAUCGCAGUCCUGCCCACCUCUCGCUAGUGCAUCGGCAUUAGAGACAACAUCAAAACACCACUUGGAUGCCCUGCCAUCUCCCGUCCCGAUCCUUUCCCAGAGCAGGAGUACGAGGCGGCGCGCCGCCAAUCUUACCAUCCAAACUCCCACAUUCGUCAAACCGUUAUCCGGUAUCGCCCUUGAUGUCGUGCCUCCAACUCCAUCCCUGCGCCACGCAGAAUCUUCACCUUCGCUUGCAUCGAUGACAUCGCCCUCGCUCGCCUCGCGGUCAGGUAUGCAGCUUCCCCGGCUAAUGUCACAGGGUACGCGCCGCUUCUCUAGCGCGUCUGCCGAGGAUGCUGCAUCCCCUGUCAUCUUGAAGCCGGUUGAUGGUUCUGGCUUCUCUCGCCGUGUUCUCGAUGGCCUAGAAGAGGAGGAUGAUCAUCUUGACUCGCGCGAGUCGACCCGCAAGAAGGAUCGUGGGUACCCCGAUGGGCCCAUCCGGAUCCAUGACUCCGGUGUCUACCUGUAUCUAGAACCAACAGCGGAAGAAGCGUCCAAAUUCGACGUGGUGAUCAACGUCGCCAAGGAAGUGGUGAACCCGUUCAGUGCGAGCAAGGACGAGCGGAAUGAUACCGUGAUGAGCACUUGGCGGAACACCUCUAUGGUCUCGCACCGAUUCUCCCGCGGUGAGCCCCAGACAGCGAUUUCAGAAAUCUCCUUCAAGUCUGCGUGGGAAUAUCAGCCUUCGGACUCUGAGUCGCCAAGUCCUACUGCCGAAAGUCCUUCAACACCAGCACCCGAGUAUCUCCAUGUCAGUUGGGACCAUAACUCGGAAAUUCUCGAAGACCUGCUCCCGCUUUGUGAGCUGAUUGAUGAUCGGAUCGCGGAGGGAAAGAAAGUCCUAGUGCAUUGUCAACUCGGCGCUAGCCGCUCAGCAUCGCUAGUGAUUGCCUACGGAUUGUACAAAAACCGGCACCUGGAUUUCAACUCGAUGUACGAAGCAGUCAAGGGACGCAGCCAGUGGGUUGGCCCGAACAUGAGUCUCAUCUACCAGCUCACAGACUUCCGCUCUAAAUUGUUGCGAGGGUCUACCUCGAAGCCCCCGCCUCAGGAGUGGUUUGUACAAACCGGCCGACGAAGUUCAGAGCCUCAGGUUGCACAGGCUGAGCGGGCUGUGUCCAACGAAUCAAGCCGACCGUCCUUCCGCGGAAUGUCACAGGCAUCUUCAAUUUGCUGUCUCUCAAUCCCCGAAACCAGCUCGACGCGUCCCACUACGAGCGACGACGGUAGCUACACAAAAUUCAAGUCCUACUCGCCCAAGCGGAGUCUGUCCCCCCGACCCCUCCCAUUCCGACAGAAGUUCCAGUCCGUGGGACCUGCCGCGGGUCGACUACGAGGGUUGCCGCGUAGCGUCACCAUCUGUGACCCGCUCGGUCAAACCCGUUUCGUUGCACGUGAUACGCCAGAAUGCGGUGAUGAUAUGUUUUCACCGAGAACAAACGAAUUCUUCUCGCCAGCUCCGGUGGCACCACGAUCAUUCCACCGGAUUGAUCGCUCCGCAGCCCUAUUUUCACCCCCGACUCCUCACGCCAUUGGGUUUGCCGCCGAACCGGCAGACCCUCGCUCGCCUCCAUCCGGCGGCGAGCCUCUGAUCAUGAGAUCUAUUGAUGAAUUCUUGUGA